AGGGCGGGAAUUGCUUUGAGCACUGCUGACCUGAGGCUGAAAGAGGAACUGGUGAUAAACGGUGAAAACGCUUAAUCUCCUGCGUCCAGCUGGCAGUUGGCCCAUCUGCUGCCUUGGUAUUGAGCGCUGAAGUCACGGCGGUCAGCAGUGUGGCCCUUGAGAAGUCCGCACUGGGCAGGUGUGUGGUCCAGGCGUGUGCUCACCGCCGGCGUCCACGGAGGAGUCUAGAUUGAGAUGCUCGGUCUCCGCAAGGUGGUAGGGAAAGCAACUGUUUGGGAUGUCAACCUGUUUCCUCUUGGGGAAAGGGAUGUCUGGCAAAGUAAAGUUCUCCAAGGAAAAAUCUCAACAGUUAAAAACAAAUCCAAAAAGAAAAGGACGAAGAGUUGGAGUCAUCAGAGAAACUGAUGACGAGGAAAUGGAGUUAUCCGAGAACGAGGUUAAAAGCCCAGUGAAAAACAACCAGCGAAAGCACCUGUCUUCUCAAGUGACAGGAAAAACAAGGGAAACUAAUCUGAAACAGAUAAAGAUAGCACCCAACAAGAGAAGAACCUGGAAACCUCUUUCAAAGAUAAACCAAGAACAUUUGCAAGUUAUGAUUGAGUCAGAAAUAUUAGCCAUUUUGAGUAACAAUGUUAAAAACAGUGAAAAACUUCAGUACCAUCUUAACUUUGUGAAAAAAAGAUUGCUACAAUUAUGUGAGACCCUGAAAGUCCCUCCUACAAAUCUGAAAAAUUUAACUAAAGUGUCAAAUCUACUGAAAAUGGAAAAAGCACAGCACAAAGCUAACGAAGAAGGGUUGACUUUGUUGCAGGAAGAAGUAGAUAACAUCGUAGAGACUAUAGAGUCAAUGACUGGGAAUAUUCAGAGCCUAAAAAACAAAAUUCAGAUUUUGACAAAUGAAGUGGAAGAAGUAGAAAAGAAGGCAAAACAGGUGCUUCAAAUAGAUCAUAGUGGGGUGCUCAAUCUUCCAGAACUUUCUGAGCGCAGUCUCAAAGCACCCAUACUUCAGGAUGAAAUUUUGAAACUGAUUCCCAAUCAGAAUGGUCUUCUGAAGGACUUGGAGACUCUGCAUAAGUCAUCCCAGAUGAAGAACAUGUUAGCAUUCUUCGAAGAAGCCUAUAACAAACUGGAUGCCUCUUAAAAGUUUUAUAUGAGAAUGUUUUAUAUUAAUUUAAUAUUUAUGGAUUGCUAAAACUGUUACCUACAAUGAUAUUACAGAUGCUGAAGCUUCUGUGGGAAUUAUCAUCCUCAAAUAAAAAUAGAGACUGUGCAGAUCUCUGAUGAGCAUCUAGUAUAGUCCUGGAAUGAGUUUUUCAUAGCUGCUGAGUGGGACACCAUGUUUGUAGUGCUCUAUCUCCAAUUGUUUGCUUGGAACCGUAAGAACAGCCACAGUCUGAUAGUUUAUAAUGUCUGAAUGGAGCUCAUUAUUGGUCAUAUGACAGAUAAAAUGUGAUGCUGUGAGUCAAUAUAUGCAAGAUGCUGAUAGUGCCUAGUCCACAGGAACAUAAGUGUUAGUUAAGAUUAUUAUUCUUUAGCUGAUGGCUUACGUUUUGUUUAGGUAUUUGGAUCAUAAGACCCUAAAGUGCCAUUACUCUCUUUCAUAGCUUCUUAUUCUUUUAGUGAACUAACUAAAAUUUGCCAGAUGUUUUUAACAUGUUUCCUUUGCUUGAGCUUCGGAAUAGAUACUGAGAAUUUCUUUUCACUGACAUCAAAGCAUGCUUAUAUUUUGGAAAACUGUUACGAAUGAACCUAAGCACAUCUGAUCAACAAAUCAGAGGAUUUGAGGUAGCUUCUUAACGCUAAAUAAAAAUGGUUUUUGUUGUUGUUGUGAUAAUAAAUCUAUAUCUCUGAA